CGAUUCCUGGAAAGUUUGGCUGCAUUUGCUCGUAUGGUGUGGAAAUGGAUAACGAACAAACAGACAAACAGACAAACAGAUAAACAGACAAACAGACAAACAUUCUUCUUUAUAUAUAUAGAUAAAUGUAAAAAGAUGAAAUGAGAAAAAACGAUUUUAUCUUGUACGAAAAAAAAAUAUCGUUUUUGCACAGUUAAAAUUUGACUAUUUUGAAAGCAAAAAGUGCAGCUAGAAAAAAAAGCAGUCCAAUGUAAAUUGUAGAGCUUUUCACGUUGCAUCUUGUGAUAUAUUUUUUUUUUUUUAAUGCAAUAUAUUAAGUGAAUGAAAAACGUCGCCAUUCAACCUGGUGUACCCAUUAUUUAAUCUAAAAAAAUUUCGAAAGAAAAAUAUAUCUUCAUAAAAUGGCAUUUGACAUGAUACUCACUUUGUUUUUAUUUAACUAGUAUGAUAUAAAAAACUAUUGUUAACAUGAAUUCUAAACAUAGUGUGACAUUGUCAUUAUAAUUAAUGAGUUUGAUUUCUUUCUGAUAUUAUCGACAUUAAGAUUCAAUUAUUGAUAAUAUUUCGAAAAAAAGAUGUUCACUCAAGAUAUGAGUUAAAUCAAAAGUGCUAGGUUGAUAUAAACUAGUUUACAAAUAUUAGCUUUCAUAUAAUAUUAUUAAUUACUAAGAUAAUAUAAUUAUCAAAAGAAAAACUGACAUGAAACCAAUACAUGUAUGUAAGUAAAGCUUGUUUUUUUUUCCUUUAGUGAAAAACGACUGACAUCAGAAUUUGUUGGUCCUAUUUGUAUUCUUCCAUCAACAUAUGAUAAUUAUGGUGCUGAUUAUAGUGAUUCAAAUCUAUUAUGUUUAUCUUGUUCACCAUAUCCAAUAGUUGUAUUUACAUGUGAUAUAUGUCAAAUAAAUGAAUGUAUUGUUCUUAAUCCAUCAAUUGAUCAAUAUUAUUGA